CGCCGCCAUCUUGCCUCCGUGCCGUCACUUCCGGCUGGCAGGCGACGCUCUGGGCUCUCCUCUCGCUGGUCAAAGCCGCUCUAGGCCUCCGAGGUCCUCCAGGCGCCACUGCGAGCGGCUCUGGGCCAAAGCAAUGACUGUGCUCAGCUGCAGGGAUGGAUUUGCCUGCACUCAAGCUGCUGCUGCCAGAGCCCCUCCGUGUCAAUCUGUGCUGCCGUUGGGUUCUGCAGCUCUCUCCAGCAAGCAUGGCAUGAGCUGAAGGAGCAGCAGGAGCAGCAUGGCCGUUCCCCAGGCAGCAGGAGGGUUCAGCCCAGCACCAGCUCAUGCGGGAGGAGCAGAUGCUGAGGAACAUCCCCCACGAGACGCAGGUGGCCAAAGAGGCUGGGUCAGGUGCCAAAAAGGAGACCUUCUUCACCUGCUUCUCCUGUGCAAGCUCUUCUGUCUGUCUGCUGAGAUGUUUCUGCCUGUUUCUCUGGCAGAGAAGUGUUUGCUUUUUGGGCUGGCGAGCUGACCAUCCGUACUACCGUCGCCUUGAAUGCCUCCAACCAGCAGUGUUUGCUGCCAGACAGACACCUGGAGAAGACAGAGGACAUGCUGCGGUGGCUCCGAUUGUUACGCCGUGUGAUUUAUCUUCCUGUCCUGGCUGUCUUCCCGUGCUGGGUGCUGGCAGUGAAUACGUGGUGAGGAGUGCUUGGGGUGUGCCAUCCUUUGCUGUUCUCACUGUGGGAACUCCAAGAGCCAUGGAAUGGGCACAGGCUGGUGAUGGACUUCUGCAACGAAGCAAGAGAGUCAUCUAUGAGGCCAAGGCUGCUGUAAUGGUAGAGUUCAUUGCUUAUUCAGUGAGGUGAUGCUCUUGUCAGUCAAGAAGGACUUAGUUGCAGAGGCUUUAGAAAUGCUUUGAUGUAAGCUUGUUGCUAUGCUGUGCCUAGUGUAUCUAUUGUCACUAUUUAGAACUAGGCUUAAACCAAAUGAACUUCUGGAUUAAAACAGCCAAUCAUGCCUGCCACAGUUCUAACUGUUCCACCUGCAGGAAUGUCACAUUUUUCACUCUGCUGUUAGUCUGACAUAUUUUAAGGGACAGAAUCAUGAAAAUCCAACCUCUUUUCCUUGAGCUUUUUGCCAUCGCUUCAGAGGUUCUUUUGCGUUCUGAGCAAUGUUUUGGUUUCAGUCUGUCCCAGUCCUCUGUCAGCCUCCCAGCCAAGAAAUCUCUGCUCCUGGUGAGGCGGAGCAGCUUCUGUCUGUUGUUACGUGUCCUAGUGCUGAGCACCACCAAGCAGCAGCUGGCACCUUGGUGCUGACCCCUGCCCCUCGGCAAGAUAAACCAAGAGCAAGUGCGACUGAAAGAGCUUUGCAGAAAGCAGGAGUCAGCCACCUGCCACCCAUCCCCUCCUGACCCCAACCCCAGAAACCCAAAGCAGCACUUGGCACAGGAGGUCUCUCGUGUUGCAGUCUCAACUUCAAGCCCUGGAAUACUUUGCUUCAGCCAGCAGCAUGGGGUUGGAUACCAAGAGCAGAGUCGACUUAACCUGUGACUAAGUGAACUUUAAGUGUUCUGACUCCACAGUGGAACCUGAUAAAGAAAGAUGUGAAUGGAAGCAGGUCACUGCAGCACCUCUCUAUGGAAUAAAAGAAAGGGAUUUUGCUGCACUGCUGAGAA